GUUCAUGUGAUGGCCAUGCACCCAACACCGAUUCACAACUCACCGCCCCAAUCACACCCAACGAUUCUUCCACCGCAACACCGCCCACAUUUUCCCUCUGAUUGGAUUGGCUUCCAUCCCUCUUUUACCUACCUUUAAUGGCAACCACGACCUGCGAAAUUCAACCUUUCUCUCUCGCUCGUUCUCUCUUCCUAUCUAUAUUUUAAUAGGGUAUAGGAACCUCUGGCUCUGUAACUUCAAUUAAAUAUUGCUAUCAUCAUUGCUCAAUUUAAGGGCUGAAAGCGGUUAAGAAGAAGAUGAAGUUCGAAGACUUUUUAAUGGAACGAAGCGAGAAGGAGAAUAAAAAGCUUGAGCUCCAAGAAGAGGUGGAUAACUUGCAAGCAGAAUUAGAUGAGGAGAAAGAAGUCAACAGGGUUUUGCGCCGGGCGCUUCAGGGGCCAAUGUUAUCACAACGACUGGUUUCCUCAUUGCUUCCGCCUCAAGUUCAGGCACUUCUUGCUGAACUAGCAAUGGUCGAGGAAGAGAUACUAUGGCUAGAGAGAAAGAUCGAUGAGCUGAAAAUGAAAUUGUAUCAGGAGAAAAAGGAGACUAAGGAAUGGAAAAUGCGGCAAUUACAGCAGCUACGGCAGCAGGAUCAAUUAACAUGUGAUCCAGGCAAUGAUGAUGAUCUUAAACAACGAACAAGAUCGCAGAAUUAUGAAGUAUUCAGAAAAGGGACAAUAAAAAGUCGCAGGAAAGGCUCUAUGGGUUCUGCAUUAGAUAUCCUAAGCCUGUCUCCUCAGAAUGCACUGGUAUGCUCUCCUUGUAUUCACUGUUACAAUCUGAAAAUUUUCAAAAUUUACAGGCUCUCUUUAUGGUUUUGGGUAUUCCAAGCAGGAGAAUUUCAUGAGGGAUCAAAGAAACAUACCUGGAGAAUCCAAAAUCAUUGCCCUGUCAGCAAAGAAAAUAUCUAUGAGAAACCAAAUGCACUCUCAGAAGAACUGGUAAAAUGCCUGAUAGGCAUAUUUCUUGAAUUAAACCAACCGUCACAAGAUAAAGAAGGGUCGGCCAUUGUUCCAAAGCUUAGUUUCUCCUGCAUGGCUUCAAAAGGCUACAUAGCAAAACCCUCAUUUAACUUCAAAUCACCCUUGUUUCCUCUCAAUCAAAAUACAUCGAAUAUUGAUCCUUAUGGCAUACUGCCAGAAUUAGAGGGGAUUAUAAGAGACGUCGGGCCUUACAAGAACUUCAUCCAAAUAACUAGGCGCUCAUUGGAUGUCAGUCGAUUCUCAGAGUGCUUAGAAGCAAUUGGAAAGUUGAGGGUUUUGAUGCAUAAAUUAUCUAACAUUGACGUGACUUUCUUAACCUACAAGCAGAAGCUAGCAUUUUGGAUCAAUAUCUACAAUGCCUGUAUUAUGCAUGCAUUUCUUGAACAUGGGCUACCUUCCACUCAAGAAAAGUUACUAGCACUUAUGAACAAGGCUGCACUCAAUGUGGGUGGUAUAGUGCUGAAUGCUUUAGCCAUUGAGCAUUUUAUUCUUCGGCAUCCAUGUGAAUCAAAAUAUGGUCCCAUGGAUGAGAAGGAAAUGCUACUUAGGCAUGCAUAUGGUUUGGGGUACCCAGAACCCAAUGUAACAUUUGCUCUUUGCCGAGGCAGCUGGUCCUCACCGGCAUUAAGGAUCUAUACAGCAGACGAAGUAGUGGAUGAAUUGGGGAGGGCAAGGGUGGAAUAUUUGGAAGCUUCGGUGGGAGUUACAGACAAGAGGAAAAUUUUGGUGCCUAAGCUUCUGCAAUGGCACAUGCGAGAUUUUGCGGAUGAUAUGGAAUCACUACUAGAAUGGAUCUAUAGCCAGUUGCCAAGUUCUGCAUCUCUGAAAAGAUUAAUAAUGGAAUGCCUAAACAAAGAAACAAAAUCACUAAUGACAAAAAUGGUUGAAGUUCAGCAUUAUGAAUCUGAGUUCCGCUAUCUGCUGCCCUUAUAACUGAAAAUGAACAAAGAACAAGAGAGGAACAGAAUGAUGUAGUUUUUCUAGCAAAGAUAUUUGUAACAGAUAUUUGUAGUUUUUCUAGGAAAAUUUUGGUGCCUCAGCUUCUGCAAUGGCACAUGCGAGGAAUUAAAUUUAAGAUCAACUUUAAGAUCAAAGGCAUUAGCUAAGAUUCUGCAAAACAGUUUGAGGAAUUAAAUGAGAUCUCAACAUAGUAUUUCAAUAAUUUGCAAUGUUGACCUUAUCAUUGCCAAUUGUCAUUUU